UGACGUUUCGUGCGCCGGUUUGCAACCCAGCCCUCUCAACUUCCUUUUGUCUCCAAGCCUGGUAAAUGAAAAUAAGAAACCGUUCUGUUCUCCUGAGUCCUAAAUUUGAGUCUAUAUAGCGAAAGUAACGGAGAUUAUCCCGACCAAAACGAAACAAUACGAGCCAGCAAGCAACACCUAAUCCAAUUCAAUAUGUUGCAGCACCAGCACCAGCCUCCGGCUCAGAGAACUCGACGGCGGUGCGAGGGCACCGCCAUGGGCGCCAUAGUUCUCGAUCUCCGCCCUGGUCUCGGUAUCGGUCCCUUCUCUCUCGGGAUGCCAAUUUGCGAAGCGUUUGCGCAAAUUGAGCAGCAGCCAAACAUUUACGACGUUGUUCAUGUGAAGUAUUAUGAUGAGGAGCCACUUAAACUCGACAUUGUAAUUAGCUUUCCGGAUCAUGGUUUUCAUCUUCGGUUUGAUCCUUGGUCCCAGAGACUACGCUUGAUAGAAAUUUUUGACGUUAAACGUCUGCAAAUGCGCUAUGCCACUUCCCUUAUUGGGGGACCGUCCACUCUAGCUACUUUUGUAGCUGUAUAUGCACUGUUUGGGCCAACUUUCCCUGGAAUUUAUGACAAAGAUAGAGGAGUAUACACUCUGUUCUACCCGGGCCUAUCCUUUGCUUUUCCAAUUCCUAGCCAAUACACAGAUUGCUGCCAUGAUGGGGAAGCGGAACUGCCGCUGGAAUUUCCAGAUGGCACUACACCAGUAACAUGUCGUGUGUCAAUAUAUGAUAGUUCUACUGAUAAAAAGGUUGGUGUUGGAUCAUUAAUGGACAAGGCUUCUGCUCCUCCGCUUCCUUCAGGCAGCCUGUACAUGGAAGAGGUGCAUGUUAAGCUUGGUGAAGAGUUAUGUUUUUCCACAGGUGGGCAGCAUAUUCCUUUCGGGGCAUCACCACAGGAUGUUUGGACUGAAUUAGGUCGUCCCUGUGGAAUUCAUCAAAAGCAGGUAGACCAAAUGGUCAUUCACUCUGCUUCAGACCCUCGUCCACGGACAACCCUUUGUGGAGAUUACUUCUAUAACUAUUUCACUCGUGGUUUGGACAUCUUAUUUGAUGGACAGACUCAUAAGAUCAAGAAGUUUGUUUUGCACACAAACUACCCUGGUCAUGCAGAUUUUAACUCAUAUAUAAAGUGCAACUUUGUUAUUCAAGUAAAUAACUCGAAGAAUAUUACGCCAAGCACAAAGUGGGACCAAGUUAAGGAAAUUCUUGGGGACUGUGGCCGAGCAGCUAUCCAAACGCAGGGUUCUGCAAGUAAUCCUUUUGGAUCCACAUUUGUAUAUGGUUACCAAAACAUUGCUUUCGAGGUGAUGAAAAAUGGUUAUAUUGCAACUGUAACUCUCUUCCAGUCAUGAUUAUUUUCCUCUGGUGGUGCUGCCGCGUGCUUGGACUGGGUGGAUGUUGUAAAAUUAAUUUUAGUGGAAAUCGGUGCCAGUUGCCACAUCAGCAUUACGUGGGGAAGCAGUGUUGGAAUUGUGAAUAACUGUACUUGCUUUCUUUUUAAAAAAAUAUAUAUGGUUCAUUUGUACAUAUGAUUAGUACCUAUCUGAUGUAAUUCUUAAUAACUUAUGCAAGCUUGUACUCAACUCUAAUGGCAUCAAGAUGGAUUCUAUUGGGUGCUGAAAUUGCUA